AUGGACAACAAGCAACCGUCUGUCUUCCUCGAUGUGCCAGUGACCGAAGCCGAACGUGCCCAGGCGAAGCGUCAUCGACGUGAACGUGACUGUGAACAUGACAGCUCGGCGGCACUAUUGCCAGAGCCACUAGACCCUCCUCCUCGAGAUGGAGAGCGACACCCGACGUCUGAAGAUCAACCGACCCCUCUUCGAUUUCCCUCGAUACGGGCUGCUCCAGUGAUCCUACAUCUACCCCCGAGUAUUUCGCAGAGGAUUGAAGGCCGGCAGUAUGCCCCAAUAACGUCCAUCAAUGAAGAAGACGAACCCGACGCCAUCCAUCUCCGUGAACUCUCGGAGCGCCAGACGACAGACUCUGGAUAUCUGCUUCCUCCAUCAGGAGCGAUCCCUGAAAUAUGGACCCCGAUCUGGCUCACGCAGGGUGUAUUAGGUCUGUUUGCUCUCGUCUUCGCUGGCUUUCUCAUCGGCCUAGUCCUUCUCUGGCAUUAUGAUGAGCGCAACAGUGGAUUUAAAGUGGCCGAGGGGACGAGCCAUCUCGCGUGGUCGUACGCCCCUACCGUCAUCAUCGUCUUCGUUGUGGCUGCUUGGAGGAUGGUCGACCACCAUUCGAAACUGGCCAUGCCGUUCGACAGCCUUCAGAAUGGUCCGGUCAAACCCUCAGAGAGUCUUCUGGUCGAUUAUAUCUCCAAGUUCCAACUUGUGUCACUAUUUGAAGCGUUCAGAAACAGUCAUUUCGCCGUCCUCAGCACGGUUACCGGGUUCAUCUUGUUAAAAGUUGCCACUGUUUUUGCGACCGGUUUGCUGGUCCUCCUUCCCUCUCCUGUCACCCUAGCAGGCACCGCUGUCCUCGCUAGAGGCUUUAUUGCCGACUCUUCUAUCCCAUCCAGUGCUUUUGAUGCUUCGGCGAUGUCAGCUUCACCAGUGUAUGCAUAUUACGGCACUAAAGCUCAAGGGAUGUCUCUGGAAAAUGGUGUUAGGUUCAACCUGGCUUAUGCCGUGAUGACAGUCAAUUCUUCUUCUCCGCUCAACGACAGCGCCAUCAUAUCUGGCGAGGUGGAUGCCUUUGUACCCUUAAUGUCCUGUCAAACUUUGGACGUCAGGCUCGACACCCCAGCCAUCGUGAAUGAUACCAAUGCGGAUGAUACGUUCGCCACUUCAAGCAACAUUUCUCUAACCAUACCAGCGGGCAAGGUUUGUGACCAGGAUACAUCUCUCAGCGUUGCGGCUGGCAAUCCAUAUACUGAGAUACUUCCGGGUCGACAGGUCAACGGCACCGUUCAAGUGGUUCAUUGUGGCUCCACGACUUCCGGUGAACAAGAUUUAAAAGAACCUUCGGGACUUCUGUUCACCAUAACCGAUAUGAGAUACCAGCAAACUCUGUUCGACAAUGCCACAGAUUUAGCAGGGGGGCCCUUCACUAUUGCAAGUAAUGUCUCAAGGACGUUGGCCAAUAUGACGAACGUUUUCUGCAAAGCCUCGUAUACCGUGACAAGAGUCGAGGUUACAAACGACACCCACUUGGCCUCCCACGACGAAGCUAUAUCAGUGACGCUGAAGGAAGAUGCUGUCAACAGCACAUUGCCACAAAUCUCAGCAUGGAAUGCCACCACUGUCUUUCUGCAAUCGUCUGCAUAUGCCGAGGCGAUGUUUGGCGAUGCCGUCAAUGAUGAUGCCAGAUCGGACUCGGAGGCAAUGUUCACCCUCAUGGCUGUGACGCAUGGCUCUCGGAGCAUUGAGUCGUUGAUGGACGCGGACAAGUUAGGCUCAGCCGCUCAAGAUACCUAUAAGGGUAUAUUAUCGCAAUAUGCACACCAAACACUGAGAUCCGCGAGAAACAGCGCUGUGGAAGGGGGAAAUGUGGCUGUUGAAGAACAAAGAUUGCGUGUCAACGACGUGUCCUUGUGGGUCAUGGCUUCGAUGUUUGGUCUCCUCGUCCUCUUCUGCAUUGCGUUGAUGUUCAUCGCUCCAAGGGCUGUUGUGCCGCGAGAUCCAAGUUCUAUUGCAACAAUCGCGACGAUUCUUACAAGAAGCGCGGAACUCAAUAGACUCUUUCAAAGACAGGGUAUCCCGAGUCAGGCAAAUCAGAAAUCGGCCCUGGCGGGUUACGAGUUCGGCACGGCUAUUGCGACCACGGAUUCCGGGGAGACCAGUUUCAAAAUUGUCACUUCUGAAGGAGAACCUGAGAUCCCGAAGACGAAGCCUAAUGCAGACUUGAAAUGGUGGCUGCCCGUCACAGCCAGAUUCCCGGUCAUUGUCCUUACUCUGGGCCUGCCAUUGGUGAUUAUAGUGCUGCUGGAACUCAUUCAACGAUCCUCCGACAGACAUAAUGGCUUCUACACCGUCGUUGACAACAACUGGACCGAGGUCUACAGCCACUACAUUCCGGGCAUCGUCAUGUUGAUCGUGGCGACGAUGGUCAAUACGCUUGAUUUCAAUGUGGCUCUGUUUGGACCAUGGACGAACCUUGCCAAUAGCAACACGAUAAGCCGGAAAUCAGUCCUCAAUCACGUCUUGGGAAGGUCACCUCCAUUUGCAUUCCUGCAAGCCCUCAGGACACGCUAUCUAGGCGCUCUCCUGAGCAUCACAGCUGCAACAUUGGCCAGUGUCCUCACCGUGCUCGUUUCGGGACUUUACUACGUGCAACAAUUCACCAUCAAUGGACCUGGCGUGUCUCUCACACAGCUCGACACGUUCGAUCUCAAAUGGCCGAAUAGCUUGACCACAGAUAAUGGAGCAGCGGCUAUGGUAGAUUUGAUGAUGCAUCACAACUUCAACUAUCCCGAGUUCACUUACGAUGGACUGGUUUUUCCGAAGCUUUCUCCGGACAACUCUGCGCUCCCCACGAACUCGCUCACAACAAUCAAUGGCUCUCGGACUCAAGUAUUGCCUGCUGUGCGUGGUAAUCUGAAAUGCGAAGUGCUGCCGCACACAUCUUUCAACGUGACUACAGAAAAGGCAGGGUCCGAUUCGGCAUAUGCGACUGACCAAGCUUUCGUGGCAGCCAAUGCAACACUACCCGACUCAUGUCUCUUGGGCGGGUACCAGAGAAACGCUUCAUUCGUGAUCUAUGAACACAAUUUCGAGCUCCUUGAAGGCGGUCAGGCGACCUAUGCUGGGUCACAGCUAGAUUUGCUGUUUGUAGAAAAUGCGGCGCUGUACGGCAACUAUGGUGAAACUCGGGGCGAGUAUAUCAGCGACAAUCCGGCUAUAGGAUGUCCGAGUCUUGCAUUCACGUUCGGUCAGUUUCAAUUAGACAGCACGGACAAGGGCCAAGUUACCUCGAUGAUCUGUUACCAGGAGAUCCAGGGGUUGGAUGCGAAUGUCACAUUCAAGCCGAACAGCACCACAAUCGAUCCGAACCAUCCACCCAUCGUACAUGAUGGCAGUAUCUUCGUCCACGACAACCCGGCGAGCACGGAUGGUGCGCAUUCGUUCGAUUUCCGUAUCCAGAACAAUCUGGCUCAAGAAGUGACUCUCUUCAAUGGCGACGCCACGGUAGCCUCCAACCCGUCAAGCGCCCAAACUCUCGACAUCUAUUUCCAAGCCGUCCUCAACGGCGCAUACAAGCAUGACCCGGCAUCCUUGACAGGACAGAACCACAGCGACGUUCUCGUCGACGCAAUCAACAGGUUCUAUCGCAUCUACAUGGCCCAAGUCAUCUCGAUCAACAUGCGUACGUCCCUGGAGAAUGAUAACAGCAACAUCUCUUCUUCCUAUCUACUGCAGCGACGGCAGGACUCUUCGACAACCAACACAAUCGCGACAACGAUCACCACCCCACGUCUCGUACAGGACAAAAACAGCAAGAUCGCACUACAGAUCCUUCUCGGCGCGAUAACCGUCCUUGCGGCGCUAGCCUGGCUCACCACGAAAAUGCGACACGUUCUCCCCUGCAAUCCAUGCUCUCUCGCCGGAACAAUGUCCCUCCUGGCCGGCAGCGACCUAUGCCAUAGCCUGGACGACGGAAUCUGCGAAUGCUGCGGCAAACCACGGCGCCGAUCGUUCGGAUACAGCGACAACCCUGAUCACUCUCUCCCUGAGAGCAUCCACGCGGCGCCUGACGAAAGCGGUAACUUCGACGCCGGCCACGUUCAUGGAUUCAACAGCUCCGAUGACUAUCACGGGCCUGGUGACACCAACCAGCACCAGCAGCGCCAUAAGCGCGCACAAUUCAUCCCCGAUGGCGCCGAAUGGUUGUCUGCAGCCCAAUUCGCCGCCAUCUUCGGCGGCCAGCGCUAUAGUAUGGGCUGGUGGCGCGAGCGUAGAGCAGCAGGCAAGAGACGCCGCUUCGGCGUCGACCUGGGCGACAGGGCCGACGGGGGUGAUGAUCAGGACUGGGAGUUGGGCGACCGUCGGCCGCAGGGAAAUGCUGGAUUCGACGAUUUCAUGGUCGUUCCUGGCGGCGGCGGCGGCGGCCGUGGUGGUGGUGCGCGCGGGCGUGGCGAUCGCGAUGGCAGGGGGGAGUAUUCGCGUUUCAGUCGGUUCAGGAACAACAACAUCAGCAGAAGCAGGAGUAGGACUAGGAGUAGGAGUGGGGAUAGGAGUGGAGCUGCUAGUCCUGAACUGUCGACUAUGCGGGCUGCAUUUUCCAGGGACAGAGGACCAGAUGCCGAUAUCGAUCUCGAUACGGCUACCGACACAGGAAGAGGUCGGGGUCGAGGUCGGUCGAGGUCCGGCGAGGCCCUUGAUUGGAAUAAGCGGAGGCGGCGAUCCAGGCCGAUCGACGUUAGCAAGAAGGCAGAAUCCGCUGAUGGGUGGUGA